AUGACGUUGUACAAGUGUGGUUUUAUCACAUUCUUUAAGGAAAGCAUUAUUUCAGGAGAUUUUUCAAGUUUGCAAGAUGCUUUGUACAAUAUUACUGGUAGAUUACGAGAUAACCUUUUCUCCAGCACAGUAAAUAAUUCUGGAAGAAGGAGCAGUCCAUCCAUGCUAACUGAUACCAUUCCUUAUGGAAGACUAAGGGAUCCUCCUCCUAUUGGAUUUCAGUCAUCAUCAUCAGUUGGUGUUAAUCAUGGUCUCAGUCGACAUACAACUCUAACUCAAAGUAUGGAUCAUCUUGGACUUUCUCAUAGUUUAGAUCAUCCUUCCUCCUCACCAAGGCCGUGGGCAUCACAAAUGGUAGCUUCAAGGGGCAUCACCGAUACUGGCAGGGGUUUGACUUCUCUUAAAAGUGGCACAGAACUUGGCAGGUUAGAAAAUUAUGAGAUCUGGCACAGAACUUGACCAAAAGAAAAAAGCGAAGGAAGGAGAGUCUU